AUGGCCUCUUCUUCUCACACAACCCACAAUGAUUAUGACUAUUCAUGCCCUGUAGAAGAAGGCGAACGAGAAAGAGACUGGCUUGAGCUAGGGUUAGGGUUAGGAAUUAGUAGAAUCACCACAACAACAACAUGCAGGAAGCAAGAACACAACACUGAACAAUCAAACACUACUUCAAGUUUUGAAGCCUCUUCUUUAGUACAGUUUGAAGCCCACCAGCAAAUAGGCCAUUCAUUAAGAUUAGAGUUAGGGUUAAGAAUUGUCGAGUUUGAUAAUAAUGAUGGUAGUGGUGGUGUCAGGAGGGACAAAGAUGUGGCGCCGCUUAGCAAUUAUAACAAAAGUAGCAAGUGGCAAGACAAUCAAGGUCAAGAAGGUCAUGAUCAUAAUCUUGAUUUAACAGCAAGGUCAUCAUCACAAUCAUGGCCAUGGCACAGGAUUUCAAGGACUAGUACCAGCUCCCUGAAGUGGAAAAAGCCAGUUUCCAACGAUUCCCACAAUUGCUCCACCGCCGCCGCCGCCGCCACCACCACCUCCUCCUCCAUCUUCUUUAACAUCAACAACUACAAGACUCCACUCAGCUAG